GUACGGAGAAUACACUGAAAAAUACAAAAUUGCUCAUUUUACAUUAUUAAAGGAAUAUUGACAGAAGCUUUCACAAAUGUUAUGUUGAACAUUAAAGAACUAUAUAAGAACAUAAUGAAAUCAAUAUUAGAGCCAUACCAAAGGAGGAUAAAUAUACACUACAUGUACAUGCAUAUUACAUGUGCUCCCUAUUUUGACUGUCACUUUCAUGGUCAGUUUAUAGUUACAGUGAACCAUCAAACCCAUGAACCAUGAAAAACCACUGAUGCAUACACUGGACAUUUUCUGAAAUAAUCAAAUUGAGUGAUCAACUAUAUGCCUGAAAAUAUCUGAUUAUGUCUUUGAUGGUAAAAUAAGUUGACUUUGCCCUAAAACAUGGCCUUAAAUAUCUCAAACUGUCUCACAACUUAUAACGGAAGUUCAGUGGAAUCUACAAAUGUUUUCUCAGAAUUCAUCAUAAUUCUGCAAAUUCUUGGAGCCAUCAUAUUAAUUAUAGGACUUGUUCUGAACUUUUUGUUCCUCUUGACUAUCAUAUCAAGUGGACAUUUACGCAAUAUUCCAAAUAUCUUUCUCAUCAACCUCUGCGCAAGUAACCUGGUAUACAUAGGAGCUAUAAUUGUAGGGUAUGCGAUCAUAGGAGGAAUGACAGGAAUGAGUGUUUCAUUGUGCCAUCUGAUAGGAUCAUUUUCAGUGUUAUACAAUGCUUCAUAUUGUUUAACAUUAGUAGCAGUUGGGGUAUACCACUAUAGGAAAGUGUAUAAUCUUGAGAAGAGAAAAACCCGCACAAUUUUGUGCCUUUAUGGCACAACGUGGAUGUGUGUAUGUUUGAUUAUUGUGAUAUCAUUGGUGACCAACUCAACUAGUUUGUACACAUUGUGUAAUAUAUUGUGUCUCAUGCACUCCAAUGGGAACAUCUGUGAAUGCAGCAUUGUGAGUAGCAAUCAGGCACAUGUCCAAGCUUUUGACUUGCUCUUCAUAUUUAGCCUUUUUGCUCUCUUAUGUACAUAUUCGCUACUUAUAUGGACAUUGAAGAAAUCAACGAGUAAAGCAGGGUAUGGAAAUCAAGUCAGGCCAAGUAUCUGUAGUAGCAUAAGUACUAACAAUAGUACAUUGGAAUUGUCAGGUGCUAUAGCUAAUGUGCAUGAACAGGGGACAAGAACAGAACAAAAAAGAAUGAUAACAGAUCGUAAGCAUUCCAGAGUGUCUAAGUAUAGUGUUGAGGAUAUGGAUGCAUCCAAAAUGACAGUUCAAUCAAGGUCAUCAACUUCUACAAAGGAUUAUUUUCAUAACAUUGAUGAUCUGACUACAAUAGCAUACCAAAAUGACAAUCAUAAAGUUACUCAAACCACACCCAAUCAGUUGGGACAUGUUGGAAAAAAUCCAAAACCUGGCACUAUUGGUCAUUCUAAUGUGGCUAUCCAGAUACAUAUAAAGACAGUUAAAAGAGGAUUAAUGCUAGUUGUUCUUUACAAAGUAUGUUCAUUGCCUUCUAUGAUAUUAUCCUUAAGUAAUGUCACAACUUCUAAUCUUCAGCAAAAUGAAUCUCUGAUUUACAUCUGGUUGUGUGCAUUUGUGUUUGAUGGUUUAAAUGUAAUAUUCUGCCCUCUAUUAUAUUUCAUAUUGGAUAAAACUGUGAGAAAGUCAUUCUUUAAAUUGUUUUCCAAAUGUAGAAUAGAUGAUGCUGCCAUUUGUCAAAUACUUCCACAUGUAGAUCAAUGAAUAAUCCUGCAAUUUUGUGAAAUACUUCAUCCAUAGAGUUUCAAUGAAUUAUACAGACUAUACAUAAUAAUA